CUCGACAAUGUUUACUUUCUAUAUGUGUACUUCAAUGUUCAUGACAAAGUUGCAGAUAAAUAAACAUUUUAAUAUACUAAUCGAGAUAAUAUACGGAUAGAAGAAAAUAAUAUGGAGAAUAUGCCAGGAAGUGAGAAUCAACAAAUGCCUCAUCAAAUGCCACCUAUGAUGAGCAUGCCUCCAAACAGUAAUCAUGGAGUUCCUGGAAUGGAACUUCCUAAAAUGUUACCCAGUUUAUUGAGCUUAAAAGUGAGUCCGCCAAGCGAAUUACAGAAUCAAAAUUCAUCUGAUGAUGGUGGACGGGAAUCUGACAGUGACUCAAUGAAAUUACCAGCAGCUUUGGAGCAAGCUCUUGCUUUUAAAACGGAAAGAGCUAAAGAAGUAGGAGCAGACCCUAAUGACAUAGUUUCCUUGGGAAAAUCACCUAAUCACGAAACUAUAGGGGAUGAUGUAUCUCAGUUAGAUGAUGUUAUACUUGAACCUGAAACAACAACAGAGAAGAUGGAUGGGAAGGUAACUAAAAUCAAAAAGAAGAAGAAGAAGAAAAGGAAGAAGCACAUAAUGGGGAAAGAAACAGAAAAUAAGAAGGACAAUAUAGAGAAUGCGAAACCUAAAGAUUUGCCAGAAAUUGAGUACAUUCAGGAAAUUCCGAGCGUUAACGAGUUAGAGCCGAUGUAUCGUCAGUUUGCGAGAAUUUUCGAGGCAUUUAAAUUGACCGAACCCGAACCUAAGCUUGCUGAAGCAGAUAAAGGUGAACCAAUAGGACAGUACCCACCAGUAUCCAAUUUACAAACAACUGGAACUGCACCCAGCAAAGUACUGCCACUGGAUGAUUUUGAUGACGAUGGAAAUCAACAACAACAGCAACAAGGAACUGGAGAAAACGGUGCUCCUCGUCUUUCUAAAAGAAAAUUGAAGAGGCUAACACGUUUGAGUGUUGCGGAGUUAAAGCAGCUCGUAGGACGCCCUGAUGUAGUGGAAAUGCACGAUGUUACCGCUAGAGAUCCAAAACUUCUUGUACAACUCAAAGCCCAUCGUAAUACGGUACCUGUACCGAGACAUUGGUGUUUUAAGAGGAAAUAUCUACAGGGGAAACGCGGUAUAGAGAAGCAUCCAUUUGAUCUACCAGAUUUUAUAAAACGCACGGGUAUCACAGAAAUGAGGGCGAGUCUUCAAGAACGGGACGACACGCGCACAUUGAAAGCUAAAAUGAGGGAAAGAGCAAGGCCCAAACUUGGUAAAAUAGAUAUCGAUUAUCAGAAACUGCACGACGCGUUUUUCAAGUGGCAAACGAAACCUCGCAUGACCAUUCACGGCGAUCUAUAUUACGAAGGCAAAGAAUUCGAGACCCGAUUGAAAGAAAAAAAACCUGGAGAAUUAUCAGACGAGCUGCGCACUGCUCUUGGUAUGCCAGUGGGACCUAAUUGUCACAAGGUACCGCCACCGUGGUUAAUCGCUAUGCAACGUUAUGGACCACCACCGAGUUAUCCCAAUUUAAAAAUACCUGGCUUGAAUGCACCGAUCCCAGAAGGAUGCGCGUUUGGUUAUCACGCUGGUGGAUGGGGAAAGCCUCCUGUAGAUGAAACUGGUAGGCCAUUGUAUGGAGAUGUAUUUGGUAUAUCUCGUACUCCUGGCGGAGACGCUAUGGACGAAGAAAUAGACAGGGGUAUGUGGGGUGAACCUGAGUCAGAAUCUUCUGGAGAGGAAGACGAAGACGAAGACGCAGAAGAAGGCGGAGAGGGCGAAGGGGAAGGAAAAGAUGGGGAUGGAGAUGCAAGCGGUUUGGUUACACCCGGCGCGGAAGGCUUGAUAACACCAAGUGGAAUAACAUCGAUCCCCGCAGGAUUAGAAACUCCAGAAACUAUAGAAUUAAGAAAGAAGAAAAUUGAGAGCGAAAUGGAAGGAGGCGAUACACCUGCUCUGUAUACUGUUUUGCAAGAGCGACGAACGGAAGGACUUGGAGCAAGCAUGAUGGGUAGUACGCAUGUAUACGAUAUGACUGGUGCAGCAGGAGGUCAAGCACCUCCAUCCGUAAUCGCUGCACGUCGUGGAGUAAGUGGGACAACCUCUGAUGGCAGAACAGAGAAAGACGGUGCAGUGGAAUUAGCGUUAGAUCCAAGUGAAUUGGAUCUAGACUCUGAAGCAAUGGCGUCACGGUACGAGGAAACUAUGCGAUCGCGACAAGCUCAUUUAAGAAGAGAAGACUUAUCAGACAUGCUUCAGGAUCAUGUCCAACGACAAAAAAGUAAACGUAAGCGUCAACAAGGUCAAGAUUCGAAAACUUCUAAAAAAUAUAAGGAAUUUAAAUUUUAAGUAUAAUAAACAGACACAUUACACAAACAAAAGUUACUUUAACGAGCCAAUACUACAUAUUCAAGAUUUUUUGCGUAACGGAUCAUUGUCAUCAAAGUACGAUAUUAUUUCGGAUUUCAUAGUUUUAAAAAAUGUAUCGAAUUUCGUUUCAUACUGUAAUGUAAUAUAUAUUAAAAAUAUAUAUAUUAAUUCUUAACAAAGAUAA